CAAGUCAAUAAUGUAGAUAAUAAUAUAGGACAUAGAUAAAGGGAUAUUUUGCAAGGGGAACUGACUUAUUUCAGAGACCACGUCGAAUCUCCACGAUUUUCUGCCCUUAGUGAUAGUUGCACCACCGUAGAAUAAAGUUCUCCAAUUUUCCAUGUCAGAGUGAAACAAAGUAGAUAUUCUAUUCGAAAUUUCUUUCACGACCUAUUCUACAUAAAAUGUAUCUAAUUUCUGAGUAAUUUAAUUAAAAAUAUUUUACCGAUUCCUAAUGGGGGAGAAAAGUGAAACUCGUGGGCCAUCAGAGAUGCCCACGUUGAGAUGGACCUUCAAAAUACUCGCCGUACUCGGAUAUUUUCCAAUAUCCUAUUGGCCAACAUUGUGGCAGAAAAUCCUUUACAAUUUCUACGGGAUCUUCUUGACGAUAUGUUUGUACAUUCUAGAGACUACUCAACUGUUAGAUCUUAUGUUCGGCGUCGAAAGUCAAGACGAGUUCAGCGAAAAUUUAUACAUAACGUUGGUGUUCUUUUGCGAUUCUUGUAAAACAGUCGCACUGCUGCGUCGUUGUGAAAAUAUUGUGGAUUUGAUCGAAACUGUUAAGAAAGAGCCAUUCGCGGCGAUGAACGCGGAGGAGGAGGAAAUACAAGCGAAAUUCAUGGAACAAGUCGAAUGGAACUCAAUAAUCUACACACUGAUACUAGAUCUCUUUGUACUUGGGAUGUGGAUUGUAUCAUUUCUUACCGAUUUUCCACACGGGAGGCUGAAGUAUCGUGCAUGGAUCCCAUACGAUUAUUCAUCCCCAUGGAUAUUCGCUAUUACUUACAUUCAUCAAGUCGUCGCCACGACAUUCGCAACGAACUUGAUCAUCGCUUGUGAUUCUAUGUUUAGCGGGCUGCUGGUUAACAUUUAUUGCCAGAUCGAGGUGCUCGAAUACCGUCUGAAAAAUGUCGGAAAAUAUCCAUAUUAUUCAGUGAAAUUGUGCGCUCGCCAUCAUCAGCGUAUAUACGAAUUUGCCAGGGCAAUAAACGAAGAGUUUACGGCCAUCAUUUCUGUCCAGUUCAUGGUGAAUACAAUAUCUCUUUGCUUCAAUCAUUACCGAUUGUCGCAAUUGGAAUUCGGCUCGAAAUUCAUUGAAACCGCGGCGUACACCUUCUGUCUGCUCACCCAGAUAUUUUAUUACUGUUGGUACGGCAAUGAAGUGAAACUGAAGAGUCUGAUGAUCGCGGACGCGGCAUUUGAAAGCACACUAAUGUCAUUGGAUAACAACACGAGAAAAAUGUUUCUGAUGAUCAUGAUACGAGCUAUGGAGCCCAUUCAAUUCACCAGCAUUCACAUCGUCUCCAUGAACCUUGAAUCCUUCAUAACGUUACUUAAAACAUCCUACUCGGCCUACACCGUGCUUCAACAGACUAAUUCUUUGUUACUUCACAUUUGUUGCCAGUUCGAAAUUCUUCAGCAUCGUUUUAAGACUCUCGAUGGACAAGAAAAUUAUAUGGUGAACCAGUGUGCUUCUCAUCAUCAUCAGAUAUACAUGUCUGUAUAUUUUUUUAAAUAUCUUUCUCAAAUGAAAUUGAAUCUAUUCGUGAGUCAUUUCAGCAUGUCAGUGCUGUGUCUAAAUCUCUACCAAAUGACGAAUUCAGAGAAAUUAUCAAUGUGCAUGAAAUCAGUGCUCUACUCGAUAUGCGUGUUCUCGCAGAUAUUUUAUUAUUGUUUCUACGGGAAUGUAGUCACAGAAAAGAGUACCGACUUUCCUGAUGUAAUAUUUGGCAGCGAUUGGCCGUCGUGGAACGAUAGCUCUAAGAAGAUUUUACUGAUGGUCAUCAGGCGUUCAAGAGUACCCGUCGAAUUUACCAGCAUGCACGUGGUAUCCCUGAAUCUGAAAUCUUUUAUGUCGAAAAGAAUGCACAAGGCUCCUCUGCCUUUCUAUCUGCUCACCUUGUGCGGUUACUGGAGACCGACAAAAUGGCCAAUUCAUUCCUUCAAAUAUUGGCUAUACAACGUUUACUCGAUAUUUAUGAUCGCGUUCAUCUAUGUCUUAGCAUUCUACGGGUGUGUAGAUUCAGCGAUCAGCAAGGAUCUAAAAACUCUGGCUCAGAAAUCAUCUGUGGGUCUCUCUGUGUUACGUGUCUGUAUUCAAGUGCCCAUUAUAUUCUACCAACGUGAGAACAUCAUAUCCCUGCUGAAUAUUUUGGAGAAGGAAAGUUGCACCCCAAAGGACGAUCAGGAGGCUUUCAUACAACAAAAAUACGACAAACUCGCGAGAAAAUUGACAAUAUACUGCGAACUCCUGAACCAAUCAGCCGUGUUCCUUACAUCCGUGAUGCAAUAUCACAAACUUGUAAGGACAAGAACGUUCCCUUCGUUCGAUUGGCUACCUUACAGCGUAACUUCGAUAGAAGUAUACAUGAUAUCUCUGCUGUAUCAAACGUUUAGCCUAAUCGUUUGCGCUACUACAAGCGUAGCCAUCGAAACCAUGUUUGCUGGGCUGAUGAUACAGGCCAGAGUUCAGUUCGAGAUAUUUUGUCAUCGAGCUCAAAAUGUGCCAAUCAUAUUGAUGGAAGUCGGAAAAAAUAAUACUUCGAAGAGAAAUUUGAGAAAAAAGUGGCACGAAGUACGCAGAAACUUGGUCAAAUAUCAUCAAGAAAUAAUCAACUUCGUACACAAUCUCAACAUCACCUUUCAGUACAUAGUUUUGAUUCAAUUUCUCGUCAGUUCAACAGUACUGUGUCUAAGUAUUUACCAAAUGUCCACGUUAGAUUUAUUCAGCAUGGACAUGGUCUUCAGCUACUCGUAUCUGGGCAGCAUGCUCAUGGAGGUGUAUUUAUACUGCUGGUUCGGAAACGAGAUGACGUUGAAGAGCAACGAAGUAGGCGACGCAAUUUACCAAAUGGACUGGACGAUUUUACCAGCUGAUAUAUUAAAAGAUUUCUUGUUGAUUAUGACAAGAUCCAUGAAACCCGUAAAAAUAUCAUGCGGUCACAUUUUCAUUUUAUCCGUGGAAUCUUUCAUGUCUAUCAUCAAGCUUUCGUAUUCAUCGUAUAAUCUGAUGAAAAACACUGAGGAUACUGAAGAAACAUCAACAGGCUUUACGAAUAAUCAUCAGUAAUCAUGAUGACAUGUUUUGUAUCCUUUUCUUCUUUCAUAUUGGAGCACGUUCGCUUAUGUAUUCGCGCAUACAACUGAGCAAUAAAUCAUGCAAUUAAUCACCAAGGAAAAUUAGUGUAGUUCUCCUUAAAAAUGAUUAACCAUUAAGGGUAGAUCGUAAAAAAUCAUAGAUUCGAUCAAAGUUUCCACAGAAUCAUUGUUUACCGUUCGUCGAUGAUUCCAAAUGGUAUCCGAAUAUCACUGGAUCCAGUUAGCAUAGUCUCGUCCGAAGGUGAGAAAUUUUCG